AUGGAACACCGCGUCGGCGCCGUCGUGACGAGGCUCUGUCUGACACACCGCUGGUCAGCCGGUUGGUGGUGGAACGUCGCAUCGGCAUCGUCUAGACGAGGCUCCGCCUGGUACGCCGUUGAUCAGCCGGCGGGAUGGAUCUCCGAAUUGGCACCGUCGACACGCGCCCAUCUGGUGCACCGUAGGAGACCGCAGGCUUGCGGCAAUGCCGUAAGCCAUUGGCAAAUUCGAGUCGUUCUUCCACUGCCAAAAAAACUCGUGGCCCACAGUGGAGUUCGGCCGCGCCGGCACAUCAAGCAGCCCCUAUUCAGGGGUCAGGGCACUGCUUCCUUCGGGGGGGCCUGGAAAAGCUGGCCUAAAAAUUGCUGGGGAACCACGUCGUCUGCUGGCGCACCGUGGUCGCAGACGCAAAACUCACGGUCGAAACAAUCAAACUCGAAACAACAACAACAACCAUACUCGUUCUCCUCAUCCUACCUCUUCUACCUCUACCUCUGUCUAUUCUUCUGCCUAUUCUUCUCCUUCGUCAUCUUCUUCUCCACCUCCUUCCCAUCGCCCCACUCGUUUUCCCCAGACUGACAGGGUGAGCCCGCUCACUCUGGCAGCCUGGAAUGUUCGUUCCCUUUUAGACAAUCCGAGGAGCAACCGUCCGGAACGGAGGACGGCGCUAGUGGCACGAGAACUGGCGCGCUACAAGGUGGACAUCGCCGCACUCAGCGAGACCCGAUUCUCCGAACAAGGCCAACUGGAGGAGGUGGGUGCCGGUUACACCUUCUUCUGGAGUGGCCGACCCAGGGCAGAGCGACGAGACGCGGGCGUCGCCUUCGCCAUCCGGACCGACAUCGUGGGACGACUGCCCUGUUUGCCGCAGGGCAUCAACGAUCGCCUGAUGAGCCUCCGCCUGCCUCUCUGGGGAGGCAAAUUCGCCACCAUCAUCAGCGCCUACGCUCCGACGAUGACCAACCCCGACGCCGUCAGAGACAAAUUCUACGAGGACCUGCACGCCCUCUUGGCGACUGUGUCGAAGGCGGACAAGUUGAUUGUCCUUGGUGACUUCAACGCCCGCGUCGGCACAGACCAUACUGCCUGGAGGGGAGUGCUGGGUCCUCACGGUCUCCGCGGCUCCAACGACAACGGCCUGCUUCUCCUCCGCACCUGCGCAGAACACCGCCUCAUCCUGACGAACACGUUCUUCUGUCUGCCGGAGCGAGAGAAGGCCACCUGGAGGCAUCCUCGGUCGCGUCAGUGGCACCUGCUGGACUAUGUCCUCGUCCGGAGGCGAGAUCAGCGGGACGUGCUGGUGACGAAGGCGAUCGCGGGUGCUGAUGGGUGGACCGAUCAUCGCCUCGUCAUCUCGAAGAUGCGUAUUCGCCUACAGCCUCGCAGGAGACCACAAGGUAAGCGACCCCCAGGUAAGCUGAAUGUUGCUUUGUUGUCUUUGCCUGCUCACCGUCUCCAUUUCAGCAAUGAGCUAGCUCAACGGCUAGACAACCUUCCUAUCACUGCCGACGCCGCCGCUGUCGAGAACGCCUCCGUGGAGAACCGCUGGUGUCAGCUGCGAGACACGGUCCAGUCGACGGCGCUCGCCGUCCUCGGUCGCGCUCCCCGCCAACACCAGGACUGGUUCGACGACAACGACGUCGCCAUCAGAAAUCUGCUUGCUGAGAAGAACCGCCUACACAAAGCCUACGUAGAUCACCCCACUGAGGACAACAAAGCUGCCUUCUACCGCAGUCGCCGACAGCUUCAGCAACGACUGCGCGAGAUGCAGGACGCCUGGACUGCUCGCAAAGCUGAGGAGAUCCAAGGGUACGCAGACCGCAACGAAUGGAAGAACUUCUUCUCCGCGAUCAAAGCUGUCUACGGUCCGCCGACGAAGGGCACUGCUCCUCUCCUCAGCGCUGACGGCGGCACUCUCCUAACUGAGAAGACGCAAAUCCUACAGCGAUGGGCCGAGCACUUCCGAGGCGUCCUCAACCGCCCUUCCGUCAUCUCCGACGCCGCCAUCGCCCGCCUGCCGCAAGUGGUGACCAACGCGGACCUCGACCUCCCGCCAUCUCUGCCGGAGACCAUCAGGGCCGUGCAGCAACUCUCCAGCGGGAAAGCACCCGGAUCGGACGCCAUCCCUGCUGAGGUCUACAAGCACGGAGGUCCCCUACUGAUGGAUCACCUGACUGCGCUCUUCCAGGAGAUGUGGCGUCAAGGUGAAGUCCCGCAAGAUUUCAAGGGAAUAGUCAAGUCUGCGACAACCACCGCGGCAUCUCCCUACUGA